AUGAGUAUGCAUUUUUACGGUUACAAACUUGAAAUACUUGUGAACGGACUGCCACUGCCCGAAUCCAGUCAAUUUACAACUAGCCUGAAUGUUCCCACCACCACGGGUCCUUCUUAUAUUCUCGAUGGGCCAUCUAAUAAAUGGAUCAUAAGUGAUUCCUUUGUAUGUGCCCAAGUUCCCUCGUCCGGCCUCUAUUUUUCAGUUCGAUUCUCCUCCGAGAAAGUCUCACCAUAUAGUCCACUAAUGGCCUUCGUAGUGGUUGAUGGUCAUCUGGACUAUCGUUAC